AAAUCAUAGCCCAUAUGCGCCCGAUUCAGAUCAGGUGAAAAUCGUGCAACGUUGCCAUUUAUUGAGUAUAUUGGCGUGUAACUAUAAAAUCUAAAAUAAUAUUUGAUCGUUUCCCAAUCUAAUCGAAACCAAUAUCAAAAUCGAUAAAGAUAAUAAUAUUUUGUCGUUAGUCGUGCUAAUCGAAAUUGUAAAAUCCCAAUCGAUAAAGAUUAUAUUAUAUAAAAAUGCAUUUAUCAGUUGUAUUUUAUAUGUGUCAGUUGCAUCAGUACAUGAAUAUUUUUCGUUAUUUUAAAUAUCACGUGAGUAGAACCCUUAUUUCUGGAGAUAUAAGUUGGCGUUGUGUAAAAAAAACCUGUAGUGCGUAUGUCAAAACCAAUAGUUCAAAAACGAAGUUAACCGAAAUUAAAUACAGCCAUACCCAUGAUCCGGAAACUGAAGAAAAUUUAAACUUACUGGACGUUCAAGAAAAAUGUGGACUAUUGUAUGCUUUGAAUCUUAUAAUUCUGUUGACGUAGUACCUGAUUUUUGGUACAGUAAUGGUUCUUGUUCCUGGCCGAAAAAAACUUUAAAUGUCAAGAAAUUUAUAAAUAGACGCAUCUCUCCAAAUGAAAUAGAGUUUGAUAAUUAUAGUGCAUGAGCUUUAUCUAAAAAUAAUGCAAGUUUCUCUGAAGCUCGUACAAAACUUUUAAGAGCACAAGAAACAUCAGAAUUAUCAUCGAAUGACGAUGAUAAAAAAAAAGGAAAACGAGAAGGAAAAUAUGUUGGUCUCCUAGUUCUGAUGAAUCUUCAUUCAAAAAAUCAAAACUCCCAACUCCUCCUAGCGUGCUUCAAUAUAAUGAUGAUGACUUAGAAAAUAUUGAAGCCUUUAAUCUGCAUAUGAAUAAACCUAGGUUUAUUGCAGCUGCAAUUGGUAUACAGACUCAAGAAAUAUUUUCACAAUGUUCAUCUUCUAAUCAUAGUGAAUUAAAUGCAGAUUAUUAUUACUCAACUAAACAAAUGAAUAAAUCAGUUCAUUCUACGCCGCAAGUAUUGCAUACCAGUCAAGUGCUUCAAGAAUCAACACCACAAAAUAUUGAUUGUUAUUUAUCUACAAUUGACAAUACUUCUGAUAUAAAAAAUGAACUUAAGGCUUUCAAACAAAUUGUAACUAGAAAUCAAGUCACCAUAAAAUAUGAAAUAAAGAAUAUACAAGAAAGACUUGAUUUGAUAUUCAAUAUGCAAGAAAAAAUAUUAGAUAAAUUAUUAAAUAAUCAAACCAUUGAUUAUACAGAAUGUAAUUAUGUAGAAUUCUUAACCCCUAUGGAAAGUGAUGAAGAGUUGGAGAAAAUGGAAGAUAAAAUGAAGUCUGAUUUGACAUACAGAAAAACUAUGGUUACAGAGUUAUCAAGAUUAAUGGGACAAAAUUUGUCAGAAACUGUUCGAAAAAUAAUGCAAAAAUUAUUUAGUGAUACUUUGCUUACAUUCUACUCUUAUAUAGGGUUUAAAGGAAAAAAACAAUUUUCAACUCUACAAACUUGUGCAGUUAUAUUUGAGUCCAUAAGAAGAAUGAAAAAAUUUACUGAUAUAGCAAAUAUAGAAAUUGAAAAACCUUUAAAGACAUGGAUGGCACAAGCUUCAGCUCGCCUUAAAAAAAUUGACGAAAAAAAAUCUUCAUGAUUAAGUUAUAAAAUUUUUUGUACACAAUAUUAUAUUUUA